AUGGCUACUGGUGGAAGCAAUCCUAGCCUCAACUUCUGCGCAGAGUGCAACAACCUCCUUUACCCUGAAGUGGACCGAUCCAACCACGUCCUCCUCUACUCGUGCAGGAAUUGCAACUAUCGAGAGGAGGCAAGGGAGAAUGUCGUCUUUCGCAACGACUUGAAGAGUGUCUCCAAGGAGCAACCAGGCGUCAUCGAUAGCAUUCGUACAGACCCGACGCUUCCUCGCAGACAUGACCAUAUCUGUCCGGAGUGUGGGCAUAGCGAAUCUGUCUACUUCCAAGACCAGUCGAAGCGCAUACAGAACAGGAUGAUCCUCUUCUACGUAUGCACCAACUGCGAGGCCUGCUACAUGGACGAGCUUGCGACGGACCAGAGGUGA